GGGGCGGUGGAGGAGGUGCGGCUGUUGCUCGCGGCUGGGGCGGACGUGGGGGCGAGGGACGGGGAUGGGUGGACCGCCCUGCACUGCGCUGCAGACAGAGGCGACGCGGCUGUGGUGCGGCUGCUGCUCUCUGCGGCGUCCGACCCCAACGCCAGGGAUCGGUGGGGGCAGACGCCGCUGCACUUGGCGGCAUGUUGGGGCCAGGCAGAAGCGGCGGCUGCGUUGCUGCAGGCCGGAGCCGACAGGGGGGUGAGGACUAAUAGUGGGAACACCGCCCUGGACUUAGCCAGGCUGUGCAACCAUCAGGAGAUCGUCAGGAUGCUAACACAGAGUUAA